AUGUCGAGAGGGGGGUGGAAGAUCGGUAAUCAGAAGCAGUUAGAGAUCGAUGACGAGAAAGUCUCAAAGCUGGAAAGCCUGCCAGAAAGGAUACGGAUCAACUCCUACAAUCUUCGAUACUUCCUGAAUAAAGAAUUCGGUGACGACAGUCUAAACUUCAGGGAGGUCUCGAGCUUUUCUAUACUGCGACCAUUUAAAAUGCUGAAUCACUUGGAGAAAAAGAUCCGGGCUCGCAUAGAAGGGAUGGAGAGGACUUUAAAUGGACUAGAAGGCGAGAUUGAUGAGCAUAAACUGGAGAGAGACAUCCUCGUGGGUUUAAUCGGGGAUUGGCCAGGUGUACUCGAAAACCCCACCAACUUGGCCAGUUUUAUCAAGAAUGGCCGGUGCCUGCUGCAGUUUAUCGAUGAUAUUCUGGUGCCUGAACGAACACGUUUAGCUGCAGGACCUGAGACAGUUCGCUUUGCUGAUCUCUGGUUUCUUUAUCCUCGAGGUUCGCUGGUAUAUCUCAAGGAUCGCAGUGUUCCCCAAAAGAUCUGGAAGGUUAUUCAAGUGACUGGAGGCCGUCGCUACCUUCAGAAGCUCAAUGAUAUGCAAGGGGAAGUUAAUCCCUUGUUCUCACCAGUUGUACUAGAUUGUUUCUUUCUUGACUACGAUGGAGAACGUUUCGUGCCUAUAUACCGAUCAUUUGAGGUGACUGGAUUCGAAGGUGUCCAGACUGUGAAGCUGCUUCCCAUAGUGCCCUUGGCCGUGGCUGAAAAAGACCCAGACUUCUUUGACAAACAAGCACUCUUGGAUCGGGGGAGGCAGUUUGUUGAAUGCACCAAGCAAGUGGGCCACUUGGAAUUUAGCGGUCGCAGCCACUACCUUGAUCCCAAUGGCACAAAGCUGAUCGACCUGGUGGACGGGACAGCCCGAAGUGCCUUAUGCUACUCCGAGCGGAUUGACAGCGAGGUGAUGGUUGACUUUUCGCGGGCAUUACAAGCAGUUCCAGGUUGGCGCCCUGAAGCCACAGAGCUUAAACUCAAUGAAACGAAUGAAGCGGAGGUUGGAAGCAAAGGUGUGGAUAAGGACGGUCGCUGGGACCGAAAGAUGGCGAACGAGCUCUUGGAGGAAGAAGGGCGCAAGCUACGGGCCUGGGAGUCGGAAGGGAGUGCGCCGUCAGCAGAUGAAGAUCUCUUGUUACUACCGGACCGAGUCUUUGCCUUUGUUCUGUCCAGCAGACAAUGGGCAUGCCUGAGAAUUGGGGAGGGGCCAAACGGCGGAAAUGCGCUGCGAGAAAGGGUUCGCGAUGAAAACCCGUGGGAGAAGCUACAGCUCCUACAGGGCCACAAGGAGCUGGUCCAGUCGCUGAUCACUUCACACUUUUCUCGGAUGCACUCUCCAAAGAUUCAUUUUGAUCUAAUGAAGAAUAAAGGCAAUGGGGUUAUCAUACUGCUGCAUGGGGUUCCCGGAGUAGGCAAGACUUCAACGGCCGAAUGUGCUGCCAUUAGUAGCAAUAAACCAUUACUCCCAAUUACCUGCGGCGACCUUGGCCUGACUCCUGGGGAAGUAGAGGAUAAACUCAAAGAGGUCUUCCGACUGGCGCAGGAAUGGGGCUGUAUUAUGCUCUUGGAUGAAGCAGAUGUUUUCCUCGCCCAGAGAAGCGUCACUGAUACGAGUCGGAACGCUUUGGUAUCCGUCUUUCUCCGUACGCUAGAGUACUACGAAGGGAUACUUUUUCUUACUACAAACCGCGUGGGAGUCUUUGACGAAGCCUUCAAAUCGCGCAUCCACAUGGCUUUAUACUACCCUCCCCUCACUUCCUCGCAGACAGUAAGGAUUUGGCAGCGGCAUAUUGAUAAGGCAAAGAGAGCGGGCAUCAAUGUCAAUGAAGAUGACUUGCUGGACUUUGCCGACAAGAUAUAUCAAAUCCAGAGCAAACCACAAUCCAACUCCCUCUGGAACGGCCGUCAAAUUCGCAAUGCGUUUCAAAGUGCAGUGGCUUUGGCCGCUUUUCACGCAAACGAUGGGCCAAUCCAUCUCGAGCGCAAAUAUUUCCAAAAUGUCUUCCAUGUUUCAGACCAGUUCAGCACCUAUAUAUGGACCACCAAGAAUUAUCAGACGGAUGCUGACCGCAGCCGAUUGUCAAUGGUUCGACGGGACAAUUUCGAGUAUCAAUCCUCCAGUUCCGGGGAACCAGCCCUCCAGGUACAGCAACAACAGAGUCAACCUGGUUCCUUCCUCCAGUCCACAUACGGGCAGGAUGUUCCGCGUUCGAUCCCAAAUUUCGGCGGACCGAAGCUCCCACAAGGAGGAAAUUUUGCAGGGGGGUUUCCAUAUUCCGCACAGACCCAGCAAUUCGAGAACAUGCCAGCUGCUGCGAUGCGACCAGGCAACAAUCUAACCCCCGGGGGUGGUCAACAGUUCAACCCGACAUUUCAGAGUUCGGCCAAUCAGGUCCCCAACUAUAUGAUGAAUACCGAGCAGCAGUUGCAGUAUGCCGCCCAACAGACGAAUUUCAGAUCUGCUGGCCAGCAAGGAAUAGCCCCACCCAUGCAGGCACCGCUGGAUCAGCCAAUGUUUGCCACUACACAAAUGACCCCUCAAUAA